AUGAGAGAGAGGCAACGACGGUCCAUCACCACCAAUAUCUUCCACGGCCUCCGCAAGCACGGCGGCUACCGCCUCUCCCCACGCGCGGAUAUCAAUGAAGUCCUUCGCCACCUAGCCCAGGAAGCUGGUUGGAUAAUUGACCCUGACGGCACCACUUUCCGCUCCCCCACCUUCUCUAACGGGAGCAAUAUGUCUUGUCCAAUGUGCGGCGCAGGGAGAAAGAGUGGGCUGCCGACGCCUAGCAGCAGCUACCUUGGCGGCGGAGACUGCUCGACCACCGCGUCUCCCCGCCACGAGUCCGCCAUCAAUAACCUUUCAUCCGGAGAGAUUCCGGCCGGGAGCACGAUGGCCUCGAACGAGGGCAUCCUGGCGGUGUACAUGUGUGGAGGUUCCCCGCCAAAUGGUGGCGGUGCAUUGGAAUUGGACACGGCCGAUAGUUAA